CGACAGCAUGUCAGUGCGUCUUUAACGCGGUGACGUUUCCGUCCUGACGUCAUGGAUCCGGUAGCUUGUGAUUUGUGGGCCAAAUUCUCCUGAAUUCACCUGCUUUACCAUAAUAAAAGCUGCUUUCAAGUUGUCGGAGGAGGCUUGCUUUUCGAGACGAUGUUGCACAUGGAUCUUCCAAACAAUAUGCAUCAUCAUCAUCAUCAUCCUCAUCCGAGAAAUCAUUUAGCGUCUGGAUUCAGCAGUGUCUGAUCAAGAGCGGUGGCCUAAACCAUUCUUUGGUGGCAAAAUCAUAAACCUGUAAUAGCAUUCCACCUUCUCAUAGCAGUUGCAUAUUUGUAUUUGUCUCAAACUAGUCAUGUACAAUCCGGCAGUCGAAAAUGCAGGGUAUCCAAGUGGACCUAUAGCAGAUAAAGACGCAAAUCAGGAGACAACUUUAGGCAGUGCGUAUUCACCGGUCGACUACAUGAGCAUCACAAGCUUCCCUCGGCUGCCAGAGGACGAGGUGCUCUCUGGAGAUAACGCGCUCAGAUCUCGCAAAGAUGAUGACUGCCUCAGCGACCAAGAUACAGACCCAGAUGGGUUUUUGAAGUCUGCACGUCUGCAGCGUCUCCCGUCGUCGGCCUCGGACCUGGCCAGCCACGACAUCUCACCCCUCCAGGAGACCACCGUGGACCCCUUAGCAGAGGGCUGUGCCUGCCAGCGGGACGGACUGACGGUCAUCAUCACCGCGUGUCUCACCUUUGCUACAGGGGUCACAAUUGCUCUCAUCAUGCAGAUAUACUUUGGAGACCCACAGAUCUAUAACCAGGGGGCAGUGGUGACUGAUGUGUCCCAGUGCACAUCCCUGGGCUUUGACGUCCUGGCCAGGCAGGGAUCCAGUGUGGACGCGGCCAUCGCCGCCGCCCUGUGUCUGGGCGUCAUCCACCCACACACCUCUGGGAUCGGAGGCGGCGGGGUGAUGUUGGUCCACGACAUCCGGAAGAACCAGACGCAGGUUAUUGACUUCCGAGAGACUUCCCCAUUGUCUCUCAGCGAGGAAAUGCUGGAGGCAGGCUUCAAGCUGAAGCCCGGCCUGCUUGUGGGCGUACCGGGCAUGCUCAGUGGAAUGCACGAGGCUCACCAGCUCUAUGGCAGAUUGCCAUGGAAGGAUGUCGUUACAUUGGCAGCAGAUGUGGCCAGAAAUGGCUUCAACGUUAGCCAUGAUUUGGCUGAAGCUUUAGCUGCAGUUAAGAACCAGAGCAUGUCAGAAGCGUUCAUGAAGAUGUUCCUACCCAACGGCCAGCCUCCCAUCUCAGGCUUUUUCACCCGACGGCUCGAUCUGGCGGCCAUCUUGGAUGAGAUUGCGUCGAAGGGGAUCUCUGAAUUCUACAGUGGAAACCUGACCCAAGAAAUGGUUGCUGCUGUUCAAGCAAGGGGAGGAGUGGUGUCUGAAAAUGACUUUUCAACCUACAGCACAGCUUUAAGGCAACCAGCUGAGGUCGUCUAUCAAGGACACCAGGUAAUGGCGGCCCCAGCCCCACAUGCUGGCGUGGCCCUGAUCACAGCUCUCAACAUCCUGGAAGGCUACAACAUUACUAACCAGGUGCCCAGGAAUAGCACCUACCACUGGAUAGCAGAGUCUGUGAAAAUAGCACUGGCUCUUGCAAGCGGACUUGGUGACCCCAUGUACAACGGUUCAGUCUUGGAGGUAGUGUCUGAGAUGCUGAGUAAGGCCCAGGCUGCACGGCUUCGGGAGAUGAUCAACGACACUCAGGCGUUCCCUGCCGGUCAUUACACACCUUCAUUUGCGUUGGAGGAAGAAGGAGUGGCGAGCCAGGUUAUGGUCAUGGGGCCCGACGACUUCAUAGUGUCCGUCAUGGGCUCUGUGAACAAGCCAUUCGGAAGUGGGAUACUUACUUCUUCAGGGAUCCUUUUAAAUAGCCAGAUCCUGGCCUUUUCCUGGCCAAAUAAAACACAGACGUCGGAGCAUAACCCACACAACAACAUCGAGCCUGGAAAAAGGCCCAUGUCCUUUCUGAUGCCCACAGCUGUGAGACCUGCAGUGGGGAUGUGUGGCACCUAUGUAGCCCUGGGAUCUUCCAAUGGAGAGAGGGCCCUCAGCAGCAUUACACAGGUGCUGAUGAAUGUGCUGUCGUCCCGUAAGAACUUGAGCGACAGCUUAGCAUAUGGAAGACUCCACCCACAGUUACAGCCAAACACCCUUUUGGUGGACUCCGAGUUUCUGGAGGAGGAUGUCUUGGUCCUACAGGCCAAAGGCCAUGAGGUGAAGAGGACGGGUGUCUUGUCACUGGUGGAGGGGACCAGGAGAACCAAUGAUCUCAUUAUUGGGGUGAAGGACCCCAGGAGUGCAGAUGCUUCCGCUCUCACCAUGUCUAUGAACAUGCCCUAGCCAUAUCCUUUCACUGGAGAUGGAGGAUGUUUUCAAAUGCUACAAAGAUAGGUUUACCUUAGCAAAAAUGCACGUUUAAAGGUUUUCAUGCCGGGAAUUUAAUUAUUCCUGGGCUAGGGGCCUAGAAGGAGGUGUAAUGAUGGCUAGUCGAUGAGCAAAUAAAGACAUCUCCUUUUUUAGAAGACGAAUCAAGGCUACUGAUCAGUAAUUUUUUUAUUUUGUCGAUAUUGCCGCAGCCAAACAAUAUCAAGGGAUGUUAGCGGAAACCUUUGUCUCUACAUACUGCUUGAUGGUCCUAGGUCACAUUAACCCACCGUAAAACUUAAUUUUUCUGGGUUAUAUAGUGCAACUCAUAACACUGACCGACACAGCCAUUUUCCAUUGUGUAUUCGUCAACAAUGCAGUCCAUUUGAAAGAAAGGGUAGCGCCACGGUUGAAUUGGAAUUUGAUUUCCAACUGCAGCUUCGAUGCAAGAUGUGACACGUGUCAAACUAUUUUAAAUCACCGACAUACACUAAACCCUUUUCUAGCAUGUGUUCUUUCCAAGACAUUGUUUCAGAAUUAAUAAAUGACAAACGAAAGUAUCCAAUUUUGGUUUGGCAUUGAACACAGACCAUCGGUUGGGUUAUUUAUUUUUAUUUAUGUAUUCUUGUAUAGCACAAGAGAAGUAAAAUCAAACAAAGUUUAAAUUUAUCAAAUAAAUUAUACAAAUACUCGAUAAUUGUUGGAUGCUACACAUGCUUUGAAUGUGGACUGUACCUUUUUUAGUGAGCGCAAUCAGAACUUCCUUUGGACCACUUUACUAUUUAUGUUAGGGAUAGGAUCAAAUCGAUAAAAUGUUUUGAUGUAGUUGGGGGAGGUGGUUUCUUAUUAGCAGUUGUAAAAUAAAUGCAUUUAAAUGUUUUUAAGACUACUGUGCAUGGUUUCAUUCACUUUAAAUGUUUUGUUUUAUGUUUUUAUAAGAAAUACAUAGUUGUGUGUGCAAAUGAGCAUCUUUAUUUUACGAAUGAUCAGGUUAAAAUUUUUGUUAAUUAGUUAAACUUUUUUUUUUUCAUUUUGCCAUGUAGUUACAAUAAAUAUUGUCUUGUAUUGCACACAAUUGGUAAUAUAAUUCCUGCAAUGUAAAGUUAACUUCCAGAAAUAUAAAUACUGGCUUUCUGACAACACACCCAUAGUUGUUUUUGUGAAUGGUGCUUGUUGCACAUAAUCUGUUGUUUCUUGUUGCCUUCACUUGACGAUAAGUUGUCUUAAAAUACCUAUUUGCACAUGCAGCUCAUGUUUGCAUUAUUUAAUAUUCUUGUAUUUGAUUUUGAUCAAAAGCAAGCUUAUGCCCAAAAAUAAAAUGUUUGCACAAAG